UUUUAAUGGAAUAGCCUAGACGUAUCCCACUAUUCUUUGCUCCGAGUGUUUUUUGCCGCGUGCUGCAAAGAUUUUCAAGGAUUUGCCAAAGUCGGCAUGCCUUUUUGAGGAUCAUCUACGGGCUUGUUUUCCCCAAGGAUAGAACCAGUGUCGCCUAUACAGCACACAGAAGAAAGAUGACCAGGGCUAAGGGUGGUCGGCGAGGAAGGGGUCGGGGAAGAGGUGCCGGCAGAGGCAGGACUAGAGCAGCAGCUGCAGAAGAAACUGAAGACACUCCUUUGGAGAAGUCACCUGACACAGACUUGCAGUCUACCGACACAGACAAACCUGUGAAUGAGUCAACAGAAGAGGAGAAGCAACAUGAGUCUGAUGCUCCCAGCCAAUCAGAAGACAUUCCGACAGAAUCAGCAGCGCAGCCAGGGACUUCAGAGACUGAAGAAGAGGCUUCUCCCUUACCAACAGGAAAGAGAAAUCAAGGACAGCCUCGGAUAUCUGAGAGUGAGACAACUGAUGACUCAGAAGGCUCAACAAGGAGGGGGAGAAGGAGCCUUAGAGGUAGGGUGUCACAGAAGGUAGAUGUUGAGGAACCAGAGUCAUCUGCACCAGUGCAGGAAGAUACCAUCAGUCCCACCAGGAGGGGUAGGAGAGGAAAGGCUGUCAAUCCACCUGAAGAAAAAGUACAGGAACAGCCCAAUAUAGAGGAAACAGAACCAUUGGAAGUGGAAGAUGACAGCAAAAGGGAGGUGGAAGAGAUAACAAGUCAAGAUGUGCCCGAAGAAAACACACCUAAAACAGAAGAAGAACAGUCCCUGUCCCAGAAUCAGGGUGAAAGUGUACAUGUCAUUGAGGAUGCGGAAGCAGUGGCUACUCAACAGGAACCGUCAAGUAGUGAAGAUAAGGAAGAACAACCAACUGAGAUAGAAGAACCUGAGAUGUCUGAAGAUUCAGGGGCUCCGACAAGGAGAGGAAGGAGGAGUCAGAGGGGAAAGGUGUCCGAAGAUGCAGGAACGUCUUCUCAAGAUCAGGAAGAAACCAUUAGUCCCACAAGGAGAGGGAGGAGAGGCACGGCUGAGCCUGAAGAAAAACUAGAGGAACAGUCCAACAUAGAGGAGCCCAAACCACCUGAAGUAACAAUAAUGGAACAUAGUGAUGGCAAGGAAGAGGAUGAUGCUCAUACAGAUUUGUCAAAAGCCAUUGUGGAAAAUAAUGAGGCCCAGCUGUCUGAAAAUGUGGAUGCAGCAAAUGCACAAGAGCCAGGUACAGAUACAAAGCUGAGAGCCUCAGAUGCUGGUCUAAAGGAAGAACCAAUCACAUCAGAGAAAUCCAAACCUGAAUCAGAGCCUGAGUCAUCCAAGGAAACAGAAGGAAAAGAAGAGCCCAUGGAAGUGGAAUGCUCAGAGCAAACGGCAGAGGAAAAAGAGAUUCCUCUUCACCCAGACAAAGAAGCAGAAACCCUUCGACUACAAGAAACUGUAGCAGCAAAAUCAUCUGCACAACCUGACAUAUCAGAGGCCAAAGAGGAAAAGGGACCCAUUGGGGAUCAAAGAGAAGAACCCAUGGAGUCUGAAAGCUCCACAGCUGAAUCAUCUGUGCCUGAGACAACUGAGAACACAGAGAUCUCCCCAAGAAAAGGAAGACGAAGCCAGGCUGGGCGAGGACGGGGGCGGGGCAGAGGAGGGCGUGGUAGAGGGCGAGGCAGAGGCAGAACCAGCCUCCCACCUGAGACUGAUACACAGGAUACUAAGCAAACAGGUGAUAAAGAUGACGGUGAGAAUACUUCAGUCUUGGAAGCUGCCAUUGCAACAUUUAUCGAACAGUCAAGUGAUGAUGGGGAGGAAAAAAUGGAAGAAGCAGCUAAAGUGGCCCCUCCUGUUGUAGCAUCCAAAGAGGAUCAAGAAGAGCAAAGAAGUAAGGAAGAUGAGAAGUCUGAAGAUGAAGAAGUCAAACGUGCUGGAAGUGGACCAGAGGAAACUGUGACAGCAGCUCCCCCUACCAGGCGCAGAGGGAGAAGCGCUGGAAUUAAAGAUGACAAAGAUGAGACAAAACCAGAAUCCUCAGAAGUCAAAACUGCAGAUCUUAAAGAAUCUGGGCCCAGUCAGCAUACCUCAGAGCCUCCCAAGACAAUAGUAAGGAAGGAAAGGGAAACUUCUGAAGACAGUGACAUGCCUGAGUCUAAGAGAAGAAAGCUGGAACCAGCAGCAAGUGCUGUGACUGUCAAGGAAGAGCCAAUGGAGACUGACUUGCCAACAAAAGCACAAGAGGAUGCAAAGGAAGAGCCUCAGCAGUCUAAUGUACCUGUAGAUGACACUAAGAUCAAGCUCCAUCUGAAAACCAAUGUGGAAAAAGUGGUAAAAGAAGAAGAUAAGGCCGGGCCAGGAAACGUAAAAGCAGAAGAAUCUGUGGAAGAACAGGCAUCUCCUAAUGCUCUACUUGAAGGGUUAGAGGAGCUUGAUCAGUCUCUUGACACCGGAGAGUCUGCCACAAUGGACAAGAAGGCAGCGUCUCCGGAGGCAGAAUUAUGGGAGCAAGUGGAUGGAGAGAAACCCGUAAAGACAGCAGAGGAAAAGCAAGAGGUGAAAACUGAUGUUUCCAAGCAAGAGAAGAAAGCUGACACAAGUGAGCAAGAGCAGAAGACCGACACCUCUGAGCAACAAAAGAAAAUUGACAUCUCUGAGCAAGAGAAGAAAACCAACAUGUCUCCUCAGGAGGGAACAGACAGAGAUACUCAAGAGCAAACAGCCAACACAUCCAACAAAAAGAAGAGAAAGAAAAAAGAGCCCAAACCCGACCCAAUGGAAGAGGAUGCAUGGGUGGCUACAAGGCAGCACGAACGUGCAACCAAAACUGCCUCUGCUGAGGCCCAAACCGCUUCUACUAGUGCUGAAGUAAAGGCAAAGCCUGCCCAGGGUGAACCAACUGACAGACUGAAACAGACGGUUCAAUGGAAGCCUGAUGAGUGGAUGUGGUGUGAAGUUUGCCAGAUAAAAGCCAGGGCAUGGCUGGCCAAGACUCACUGCAACACUAUCAAACACAUUGAGCUCUCCAUAUUUGGAACAUUAAUUGUGAAUUGUCAGCUGUGCAACAUCACAGUGCGGCGAUCCAAUGCAGCAGAGCAUUUCCAAGGCAGUAAACAUUCCGACAACGCUGGCGAGAAGGGCGUUUCAUGGCUCCCACUUUUCUGUGAGCCCUGUGGAGCCUUACAUUUAAGUGAGAAAGAGCAGGAAGAUCACAAGACUGCAGCAAAUCAUGUGAGACUACUGCAGAGGUUGAGUGUAGCCAACCAGCAAACAGAAGGCCUGCUGUGCUGUAGCCUGUGUGAGAAGGGAGACAUCAGCUCCCUGGAAGACCUGAGGGCUCACUACCAGAGUGGUGUGCACCUGGUCAAACUCAAGAGGAGUGUCAUGGGGGAUCUGGCUGCAGAAGCCAGUGUGGUGGAUGGUGUACAGUUGUCCUGGCAAUGGGAGGCAGACAAGGACAAAUGGUACAGUUUCACCAAGGAGGAAAAUGUCAUCAUCAAUGCAGCCGUUAAGAAAGAGAAGGAUGUUGUAUACCUGACAUCUAAGUCAAGUGGAGACCUUUGUUUUUGUCUGGACCUGACUAACAUGAUGGUCAUCGAUCUUGGUAGCAAAUCCAAGUCAUUCGUACGGCUACGCUGUGCUACCAAAAGCGACCUGAACAACAAAGACUACACCUGGCAGUGGCAGCAAGGAUUUGGAGACGUCUUUACCUGCUGGAUGCCGUACAUGGCCCUCCACACCAUUUUGUUGGAGAAGGCCUCGCGAAAUCACGAGCCAACUGUACAAAUCACGACCGGCUCUCACUCGUACGACUUAGACAUGUCCAGCUUGGAGCAUAAGGGCAGUAAAGGAACCAAGAAGGUGCAGCGUGUCCGUGCAAAGACAGAAGGAGAGAAUUCACUGCUUACCCACUUCGGGCCACCUCCUGAGAAGCAAGAAGAAAAGAGUAAACAGCAGGUCUCUGCUGGUGGCCGUUCUGCCAGUACAGUUACUGCAAGUGGGGGGGCUGCUAGAAAAGUUGGGCGGGUAGACAAAGAUCAAGGUCGAGCAAAGAGAGAGGCUAUUUCAUUUAAAGUAAAGAGUCAGUCUGAGGGAAAACCUACUCUGCUAACAAGAAAGAAAAGUAGAAGCAGAAGUAGGAGUAAAGAUAGAGACAGAAGUGGGCACAGACGGCGCAGCAGAAGCCGAAGCCCAAGAAGGCGUAGAGAUCGGGGCAGGAGUGCUAGCAGAAGCAAAAGUAGAGGUAGAAGCAGAAGUAGAAGUAGAAGCCGCGAUGGCAGGCGGCGGCGGCAACGCAGCAGGCGUAGUUAUAGCAACAGCAGCAGCGACAGCAGUAGUGACAGUCAACGUAGGCGAAGUCGUUCAAGGAGCAGACGAUAUAAUAGAAGCCCUGCCAGAUCGUCCAAUCAUCAAAUGUUGAUGCAAAGAGCAUAUCAGGACACGAUGAUGAAUGCUCGUUACUUGGCACAAGAGAAGCAGAGGCUGCAGCAAGAAAAGAUCAUCCUAGAGCAGCAACGGAAACUUGAAGAGGAGCGCCUGAAGCGUGAAUGGGCUGCCCUCCAGGACUCAAAACAACGACAGCAGGCUGGAAUAUCGUAUCCAGCUGCUUCCAGUAACAAAUACUACUCUAUGAUUUCUGCAGCGAGCACUGUUGCUAGUCAGCGCCACACUACCGCAGUGCCCGCGCUGCCUGGUAGCACUGGCUUUCCUCCGCCAGGAGCCGUGGGUUUUCCUCCGCCAGGAGCCGUGGGUUUUCCUCCGCCAGGAGCCGCGGGUUUUCCUCCGCCAGGAGCCGCGGGCUUUCCUCAGCCAGUCAGAGCCGCAGUCCCCAAUACUGCUCAGGGUCAGUACCCCUGGUCCACUAACAAGCCUACUGCUCCGACUGCCCAGGGUCAGUACCCCUGGUCAACUGACAAGCCUAGUGCUCAAACUCCCCAGGGGCAGUACCCAUGGUCCACUAGCAAGCCUAGUACUCAGACUGCCCAAGGCCAAUACCCCUGGUCAACUAACAAGCCUAGUGUUCAGACUGCCCAAGCCCAGUACCCCUGGUCCACUAACAAACCUAGCACAGACACAGGAAGGGCUGCUAGUUACACCCAGCACCCAUGGUCUACUGGCAACUCUAGUUCAAGCACAAAAAGUACCAGUAGUCAUUCUCAGUACCCAUGGUCUACAAGUACAAGCCAAGCUAGCUCUAACACAUCACAAACACCUUAUGCUACCCACCCAUGGUCUACUGCUGCCUCUGAUAAGCCCUCUAGCCAGCACCCAUGGUCUAAACCUGAUAGUUCCCAGAGCAAGUGGGAUAAGCCCCCAGAUGGUUGGUCACACCAGGCAGCAGCUAGUGGUAGACCUCCGCUUUUACCCACACCAGAAGCCCCCACACCACUGUUACCCACACCAGAACCCCCCACACCAGAACCCCCCAAGCCUGUGGUCCAACGUGCGGCUGGACUAAAAUCAGAUAUACUCCUGAUGCAAGCUGUGCAGGAAACAGUGCAGCAAACUGUACAAGUACCAAAAAAGCCCAAACCCACCACAAUGACUACAUGGGACCUUAUCUCUAAGUAUCUACAAGAGCAGAUGGGUAUUGACAUUGUUACUCGAGAGGCAGUGGAACAGAUUUUGAAGCAGCCUGCACUGGUUGAACGAAUCCAAAAGUACUACAGAGAGCAUGGUUUAGAAAUGAGUGAAACCCAAGAUACGUCAACCCAGCAAGCUUCAACGAUACAACCAGCUUCCAUGUUGGAAACCCAGCAGGCUGGGGUGGUACAACAAGCGCAAUCUGCUGGCUUGCAGCAGGCUGCUGGGUUGGCCGGUAGUCAGCAACCCCAGGUUGAACAGGCAAAAGUACAGCUGCUAGCGCAGCUGAUAAACAUGGGGGUUGUCCAGCCCACAGACCUAGCUGCAAGCCAGCCAGAGUUGGCAGCUGCGAGUAUAGUACAGGCCGCAAUGGCAGCCACAGAGGCAUCAAGUAGUGCGUCUGCUGAAGCUUCUCAACAGAGUGUAGGACAAUGGUCACAAAGUACAUCUCAGACACAGGCCAUAUCUCAGACACAGGCCAUGUCUCAGACACAGGUCAGGGAACCAACAGAGGCCUCAAGUCAGUUCAGGGCUGAAUGGGGUAGAUCGGGCGAAGACAGAGGUAGGAGUGUCCCAGAACAGUCUGAUAGGCUAGGGAGAAGGUUGCCAGAGGAUACUCUUGAUGUCCGGGGUUACGAUGUCCGUAGUCGUGGGUUACAGGGAGAACCCCCUCGAAGCCAUGGUGCUGGGUCGUUGGGUGAUGUCCCUGGUAGUAGAGGUCAGACUGAACUUCUACGGGAUCCUCCCAGACGAGCACCCCCUGAAGCAUUGAGGGAUACCCUUCCCAGGGAUCCUUACAGGCGGGCAGAGGAGUACCCUGAUAGAAGGGAUCGUGGGGAGAGAGGAGAGUGGGAUAGGUAUGAUAGAGAGAGAUUGGCAUACGAGAGGGACCGAAGGGAAUGGGAACUCUACGAGUAUGAACGUAGUCGUAGGCGAGAGUUGGAUGAAUUGGAUCGGAGAAGAGGGCCAGACCCUAGGGAGUUUGAUGAGAGGUACAGGGGCCGGGAACCGCUGCACCCUGGUAGAGAGGAAAGGGAGCGAGAGCUAGAGGAAUGGGCUAGAAGAAGACGUCAGUUUGAUCCUGAGGGUUCUGGUGACCCUGGAAGGGGGUACACAGAUAGGGGUCCAUCUUAUAGUGAUCCUAGACCCUCUCCUUACAAUAGGCCAGGGCACCACCCCCAACAGGUUAGUGAGGAGCUUUAUGACCCUGAGGCAGUCACUAGCGAUGGUGAGGAAGAUGUUUAUGAUGCAGAAGAAGAGUCUUCUGUAGACUUUGCCAAGUCCCUCCUCUCUAAAGUUAAUGUGCCGCCGAUGGCGCCAGAGUUAGUCGAGGACGCACUGCGCUCUCCUGAGGUGCUUGAUCAACUCAAGCAAUUUCGACUGAAGAAUGCUCCGGCUCCUGUAGUCGCUAGCUACCUGCAGGUGGUGCUCACGCAGGCUGCUGCCUCCCCGAGCAUGCAGCAGCAGCGAGUGCGCUAUAGAGGCAAGCGCGGCGGGAGGCUAUCCAAACUGCGCAACUUCAAGAAAAUGAUUGACAAGCUAACGAGUGAAUUGGAACAAGUACAACAAAUGAAGCAGGGUCUGGGAGACAGGUGUCCCCAAGAGCUGCACGAUGUCAUUGCCAAUAAGUCAAUGGUUUUAAAUGAUUUCAAACGGAAAGCUCUGGAAUUAGAGGAAAUAUGCAAGGCACAGGGCAAAAUGGUGUGAACCAUUAGCACAGACAUUGCUGUUGGGCACUUCACUUGCAGCAUGAUCCACACAUUUUGUAUGUUUCUUUUUUCCUGGAUCAUUGCAGAAAUGGGAUUUAAAGAUGUUAUGCACAAAUUUGUUUUCCUGACUUGUUUUCUAUUGAGAAGUGUGUACUUCAACUUAGUAUUGUAAAAAAAAAAAGAACAGAAUCUUCUUUUCCUCCUUCAGUGCGGUAAGAACAGGACUAAGUAUUUUUGACGGAAAAUUUCUUCUUUAAAACUAACCGAGUACUUUAGUAAAUGCUCAUUGCUGACAUGUCUUUGAAACUUUGAUGUAUCCUUUUGGAUAAACAUACAAUGUAUGCAGACUCAUGUAUGUGUCUGUUUUUCAUGCUGUAAGGACAUUAUGUCAUAUGUCCUCUUGAAUGAAGCACCCCAUGUGAGUUUAUUUGGGGUUCAAGCCUCUCCUUUAGGUGUCUCCUGAUGGUAUUCUUGAGGACGUCAUUCCUAGAAACCUCAGAUGGCACCAGAGCAAUGUACAUGUAACGUGGCAGUACCAAGUGUUGUUCCCAUGCACAUUUUAUAGAACAUUAUAUGUUCACUUUGUGUUUUCUAUCAGUUGUUCAUGUUCCCCAGUUUUGUUUUUAAAAAAAAAAAAGAACAGUUUUUGCUGAGUAGUGCAUCUGCUGAGUAUAUUGUACAAUAGUAAGAACUCACAUCACAAAAUCCUUAAAUACAGCCAGCUGGUCAUUUCUGUCAUACCACAAUCUUAAUCUUCUGCAGCCCCUUGAACAAUUCGAAUACAUUUUUGUAUUCAAAUAUGAAAACAGGAGUUUAUAAAAAGGUCCUACAACUUCUUGCUCAUAACAAUUCACAUGAAUGUUGGAACUCAGAUUAUCUUUUUGAAUGUGUGUACACUUGAAUGUGUGUGGCAGACCAUGUGACAAAUGUCCUUAACAUGCUAAAGGUUAACCGUUAAGCUUGGUUGGAGUUUAUUGGGUUAAAACUUGAUGUGUUAAAGUAGAGUACUGAACAAGUGCUGUAACAAUCUAACGUUAGUUUUUCACAUUACUGCUUUCUUUAGAGUGCUUGUAAGGCACAAUUAACCAAGUUGUUUAUACUUUUCUUCCGCAUUAAAGACUUCAACAUGUCCUUUGA